AUGCAAAACGAUGAUGCUGGUCUUUUGACCAUUGAGAUAUUGGAUGCAAGCUUGAAGGGGCUAUUAGAGACGGAUUUAUUGGGAGAGGUGGUAAGAGAAGGGUCAAAGGAUAACGAGCAUAUGUUGAAUCAAUUCGACAUUUUGAAAAUAAACGAGCUGCAACAACUAGUUUCUGUAAAUCGUAAUAAAUUGUUAUUGCUCUCAAUGCUACUAGGAGAAGUAGUUUUUCAAGCUUUGGAGUGGGUUUUUGCAAUGGAAAUUGAAGGUGAUGUAGAUUUUCAAAAAUAUACUACUAAUAAGCAGCAACAGCAGCAGCAAGAAAGUUUACACAUAAUCAAAUUAAUAGCGAAAAAAGAGAAGAGAAAUAUCCAUGCUUUAUUGGCCAAACUCGGAUACGAGUGGAAGGAUGGGAAAUUUAGUCCAUUACUAAAAACCGAUAAAAAAAAGCAGCCAAGUUUGGGGAUAAUAGAAGAAAAAGAAGAAGAAGAAGAAUACCACGUUGAUCUUGACAAUUGGUAUUGUGAUUGUCGUGAAUUUACCCAGAAACUUAAUGAUAAUAGUCAACUACUUUGUAAAUCAAAUUUAAAAGUUAUUUCCUUUAAUGAAAAAAGUCAAAAUAAUUUACUAUGGCAAAUAUUGUUUAAACUGCCAUGUAAUCAAUUUCUUCCUAUUUCAAUAUGUCGCCAUUUAUUAGCUAUUUUUAUAGUGAUUUAUAAUUAUAAAAACUACGAAAAAAUAAUAGAGUAA